AUGGCUCCCUUAUCCGAAGUGGGCGGCUUCCUAGGCGGUCUGGAGGGCUUGGGCCAGCAGCAGGUGGGCUCCCAUUUCCUGCUGCCUCCGGCCGGCGAGAGGCCACCUCUACUCGGCGAUCGCCUGGUCCACGCCGAGAGGGGCUCCCGAGGAGGCGUCGCGGCGGGGGCCACGGAUUUAGCCCACUUGCAGGGCAUCCUGCGCCGGAGGCAGCUCUACUGCCGGACCGGCUUCCACCUGCAGAUCCUGCCCGACGGCAGCGUUCAAGGCACCAGGCAAGACCACAGCCUGUUCGGUAUCCUUGAAUUCAUCAGUGUGGCAGUGGGAUUAGUCAGUAUUCGGGGAGUGGACAGUGGCCUUUACCUUGGAAUGAAUGACAAAGGAGAGCUUUACGGCUCUGAGAAGCUCACUCCUGAAUGUGUCUUCAGAGAACAGUUUGAAGAGAAUUGGUAUAACACAUACUCCUCCAAUGUGUACAAGCAUGUGGACUCGGGCCGGCGGUACUUUGUGGCACUUAAUAAAGACGGCAGUCCCAGGGAUGGGGCAAGGUCUAAAAGACACCAGAAAUUCACCCAUUUCUUGCCCAGGCCGGUGGAUCCUGAAAGGGUGCCGGAACUCUACAAGGAUGUGUUAGUAUUCAGCUGA